GCAAACCCUCCCCAAACCCCAGCCCCCCUAUCAGACCUUGGGGCCGAACCUCGCCGACGGCCAGCUCAUCGCGGAAGUCCUGCUGGUCGCCGAAGUCCAGCUCAUCACCAACGUUGCUGCAGACGCCGACGGCCAGCUCCUCGCCGCUGCAGAUUCUCGCCGACGGCCAGCAGUUCCUCGCCGCUGCAGAUUCUCGCCAACGGCCAGCAGCUCCUCGCCUAUCUCCUCACCCAUGCCGACGUCCAGCAGAAUCUCGCGACUUCAUUGGCUCCAACUUCUAUCUUCUUUACACUUCAUUGUUGCUUUUUAUCAAGGGUACGUGUUCAAUCAUGAACUACUUUUCACAAACAUGUUCAUGAGUGACCCAAUUAAAUCAAAGAUCAAUCCAAGAUGCCAUACCAUUGCCUUCCUCAGGUUCUCUCUGCCUCCAUAGCUAGCUAUCACCUUUCGUGGAGAACCAAAGACAGUGGAGAACCAUAAACAAUCAAGGUUUGCUGCUAUACUAAUUAAUUGACACCAUAAACCUCAUCUCAACGACCCUGACAUAGUUGAGAUUAAGGUACAAGGUGAUGAUGAUGUUGACAAUCACUCUGUCUUUUCAUUUAUAUAAGUUUUAAAAUUUUAAUGCGUGUGUGAGUUAAAUUAGUUUUUUGGUUAUGGUAUCGUGAAGCAUUAGAGAACACAAUUGAUAUAAAUCUAACAGAAGAAGUUCUGAAGAUGGAUUCAGAGAAGAAACUCUCAAAUUUCCAUAUUUAGAGGCUCGAACCUGUUUAAAACUAGAGUCAAGUCAAGCUAACCCAAUGCUUGACCUUACAGAAGAACAAACGACAAGCAGUCUGACAUCAAUAGAGCGGGAAACAAAGUCUUUCAAAAAUAAGGUUUGCAAAUUCAGUUUUGAUAAAAUUCUAGGGUGCCUUAGCACUCUUCUAUGUUUCAUCUAUUCUUUUUCUUCUUUCAAGAAAAAUGAUGUGGAUGUUAUGAUUGUUAUCGCAUCAAAUAGGGCAGUAUCUGAGAGUUUAGGGAUUGCUAUAUGAUAGUAUAGAAUUGUUAUGGUUUAUGUGUGUAAUUUUAACUAGUUUUAUUUGUUGUUGUUUGGGAAAUUACACACUUUUGGUGUAAUACUUUUUUUUCCUAUUUUGUUUGUAAUUUGUUUAGAUUAGGAUUAUUCUGAGCUUUAACUAGGUAAAGAUCAUCAAAAGGAUCCUUGGAAAGCUCAAGGAAAGUGCAAGAGAACAAGAUCAAGUGAAAAUUUGGAAAAAUAGUCAUUUACUCGGUCGGGUAAAGCAUUUACCCGAUCCGGUAUUGACUUGAUCCGAAAAUAAUAUCUGAUUUGGGGGCAAUUGAACGUGCAGGUGAAGAUUUGGCAAAGAUAUGCCUUUUACCCGGUCGGGUUUCUCAAAAACCCGGUCGGGUAAAUGGCCCUGGCAGCUCCAAACACCUAUAAAUACACCUCAUUUCCUUCCCAUUUAUUCACCAAUUCAUAUACUCUCUUACGCUCAGCUUAGAAUAGUAUUUCUUUUAUAUUUUUAUAGCAUGUUUAGUCUCCAAAUGAGGAGCUAAACUUCCAUUUCUUGGUGUUGCUCUUGAAGCUUGUUGAUUAUUAAAGUUGUGAGUUAUUUUCUUAACUUCUUCCCUUGAAUAUUAAUUAUUCUCUUAAUCUAUCUAUAUAUUAAUGUUGGGGAGUGUUGCUAAGAUGACAAUUAGUUAACAUCUCAACAUUAGUUAUAGUAGUAUUUAUUUUCUUCCUCUAUAUAUUAAUGUUGGGGAGUGUUACUAAGAUGACAAUUAGAUAACAUCUUGACAUUAGUUAUAGUAGGAUUAUUCAUAUUUAAUCUUCUUCCUUGAAUAUUAAUUCUUCCCUUAAUCUAUCUCUAUGUUAAUGUUGGGGAGUGUUGCUAAGAUGACAAUUAGUUAACUCUCAACAUUAAUUACUACUAGAAACGAUCAACGAACCGAUGGUUAAUCGUUGAUGGUUUCACAAGUAAGUAACUUCGGUUUAUUAAUGCACGGUCGUGGUUAAUAAACUUAAGAGGGACUAAUUUUGUUUGUUAAACCGAAACCGUUGUGUUGAGGUUAUCAAUCUCAAUUGAUUUCAUCAAGGAGUUGAGAGAUUAAAUGCUACUAUCAAGUCGGUAUAUGGCGGUGUUCUAUACUUGACUAAUAGUAAGGGUUAUUAAUGAACGGUCGUUGUUAAUAACUACCCUCGAUGAAUUGGAUAUACUCCUCGAUUGAGUAUUCGAGAGGGGAUACGUUAUAGAUAUAACAAUGAUCGACUUAAAUAUAUCAACAAGUGGAAAGUAGCAAUGCCAAGUCCUUUUUAUCUUUGAAUUAAAUCACAUAUAACUCGUUCAUCUCCGUGUUUAAUUUUAAUUAAAUCACUCAAUCAAAACCCCCCUUUAUUUACUAGUUCAUAAAAAGAGAGUUAUUCCUUUCCCUGUGGAUACGAACUCUACUUCAUCUAUACUACGUAUAAGUGCCAGUAUUGAAUUUAUUUUGACGCACCGUGACAAAGUGCACGUCAUUUUACUCAUUACAACUUACACAAAAAGAUUGUUUAAACUGAAAAUGUAGCUGGCAAGUUGUUAUACUUGAGCAAAAUGAUUAGCUUUAUGUGAGGGGGAGCCACAACAAAUGCUUGUAUUAUUUUGAAUUUUUUUAUAUUUCUUACCAUUACUUGUAUUAUGUGGUUUCGUCAUAAUUACUUCUGUGGGAAUGAUUUUCCCUUUUUAUAAAACAAAGUAACAAUAUAAAUGAGCAAAAGUGAUUAUGCAGCUUUGAUUAAUCUGGAACUAUGUUCUCGAUUUGGAUAAGUUCCUGGGAAUAUAUGCACAUGGGAUAUGGAAAUUCUGACCACAGCCCUUGGGACAUCGGUUAAGAAAAUAAAAAAAAUGAAAAGAUUUUUGUAGGGGAAUCGUGUGUGAGGGCAUUUCAAAAUCAUUGGUGAUUGCAUAUUUCCAUCUCCUCAUAUUAAACUUCUUUUCUUACUUAACUGUGGUUAGCAUUAUCUUUACUAAGAGCUGUGUAGAUAUAAUCCAUAAUUUAGCAAGGCAACAUAUAAUGAUUUCAGAUUCUGUCCAGUUCAUUUGCUGCUUAUUAAGAGCUGAGCUAUCUUUAUUAUUUCAGCUUUUCUGGCUCUUAAGUUGCUAAUGGGAUUGACUGCUUCUUUAUAAUAUAACUCUCCAACUUUUGUUUGAUAAAACACAGUUUCUGAGUCAUGGUUUCGUAGUCUAUGGAAACCAGCAAGGAAGCAUAAAGGUAACCCCGAAAAGUGUCAAGUUGGAAUUUUGGCGUUUGAAGUGGCAAGCUUGAUGUCUCUAAGUGAUAACCCGGUGUCGAAGACAGUGGAGGAGAUAGUACACAAUGAUGUUUGUAUGUUAUCAUUUUGUUUUGAUUGAAUUCGCAGUCCUUUGGCCAUGUAUUUGUGUAAUAAUUUUUGUAAGCUUUUAGUGACGAUAAGCUUACAAAGAGAUGGUAAUUUGUAUUGUAUUUAUUAUGAAUUUUGGUGAUUUAUCAUUUAAUUCUUCUUGAAAUUAUGAUUGAUUUGUGUUGGUGAGAUA